ACCUUUCCUCGUGUUCUCUAUGAACAGACUCAGGAAUUAUCCAAAGAGCGCCCGAGUCAAGAUCCGAAUCGUCAAGGAGAUUCCGGCACCCAUUCCGCCCCUUACCUCAACACAGCCUAUUCCGUACGAAGAAGAAUCAAGACCAGAUGCCUCAUAUCCCAAACAAAUCACCAGACACAAGUCGCGUCCUCGUCUCUGUGGAAUGUGCGGCCCAGGGGGGUGCAAGUGGCAUUUCUUCUACCCGUUCCAGACGAUCGUCGCCAUCCACGAAAUUCUUCCGUUCGAGGAGGCCUUUGGACGGUCUCUUAUCAACGGUGUUCUCGGGCCACCCACCCCUUCGCUCGCGGAACCAAAUCCCAUAUCGCUCACGGACUUGCAGAAGGAGACAUUCCGCAUGACGACUUCGCGCACGAACAAGGACCCAACGUUUGCUACCAUCAAGACGUUCGCGUUCGCGUUCUCGUCUCCGUCGUGCCAGGACGACAUAGGACCUUGGGCUCAGAGCCAAGACGGCAGGCUCGUUUGUUCCGGAUACGUGAUUUUGAGGUCUGUGGUUGAUGUAUGGGAGAUCGAGGUGAGGAUGAAGGCUCUGUCAUAAUAUCACAACAUGGUGUGUCAGCAUCGCAAAUA